AUGCCGAUUGAUGUUGAGAAAGGAUUUCACAAGGGAACGCUCUUCACGUGCGUUUUGGCAAUAACGGCACAGAGUGUAAUGAACCUUAUUAUUUUACCAACGAUGCCCUUUAUGGUUAAGUAUUAUAUUCCUGAUGUUGAUAUUAGUGAAGUUGGCUAUUACUCUGGAUUUAUCUUAUCCCUUUACUAUCUAGGGCAAAUACCCGGGUGCAUUUUCUGGGGUUGGUACGCAGACCAGCAUGGUCGAAAGAAAGCGCUUCUUAUUAUCACUUUAUUCAACGUAAUUUGCACAUCGGGACUUGGAAUUAGUUCAAACUAUUAUCUCACUCUAGUAAUCCGCCUAAUUCACGGAUUUGCGGAUGGUGCACUAAACGUUACGAAAACAAUGAUUGCUGAAAUAUCAAACGAACGAAACCUUCCUCUGGGAACCAGCUUUGUCUUUUUAGGCGCAGCACUAGGGCGUCUUUUAGGCCCUGUAUUGGGCGGCUAUCUUUCUCAUCCAGAGAACUUUUCGACUCUCACCUCACACUUCCCCAUUCUCCUUUCUCAUCCUUUCCUCCUUCCAUUCGGUAUUUCUGCGUUCAUGUUUGUGUUUGUCGCUGUGUCGCUGCUUCUAUUCUCGGAAGAAACGAUUUCCGAAGAAGAAAUGACGACUUCUCGAGAAUGCAAGGCGGAAAUGAAGCGCGAAAUCAGCGGAAUUCUGCGAAAAGGAUCAAAGGACUACAUCAAUUCGCACGAACAAUUGCUUCUCCAAUACCACAAAUACUCAAAGUAUUCGUCAAUCCUCAAAGAACGAGAUGUGCUUCUUACCGUGCUUCUCUAUCUGCUUCUCUCUCUCUGCCAAAUGGCUUUCGACUCCUUGUUUUCUCCUGUGUUGGCGAACAAGAAGAUUUAUGGUGGAUUCGAAAUGUCGAGCGAGGAAAUCAGUUUGAUUCUCAUGGUCGCCAGCCCCAUCGCGCUUGUGACGAUUUUAUAUUCUCCGUCUCUUCGAAAGCUUUUCACCUAUCGAAGAACUUUGAUGAUCAACGCUCUUGGAAUAGCAUUCUGUAUGUUCAUCUAUCCAAUCGAGUCUCUCUUCAAUCAGUAUAACAAAACCGUCGUAUUUACCGUUGUGAUUGUGAUUUUCUGCAUCGUAGUUGUCUCCAACGUGUCGUACAAAGAAUUCCGAGGAACCAUCAUGGCCUUCGCUUGGUUUUGCUCAUGUAGGGUCCUUCGUUGCUUCCCAUUCUCUACGGAUGGAGCUGCCACAAGAACUAUUUCCCUAUUCAUCAUGAUUCUCGGAUUAGUUAUCCUCUUGGCUGCGGUCAUAAUUCACUUCUUAACGGAUGUGUGUGACAAGGGAAGAGGUUCAAUCACUUCUACGAUUGUUCAUAGCAACAAGUAG